UUAUUUGCGUGGCUGCCUUCCCUAUGAAGGGAAGCAGCCCCAAGGCGAAAUGACGUCCCCCCUCAAUUAAUUUCACCAAACUUCACAAAGAGUUGCUGGCCGAAGCAUGCUCAAGGUACGUAGUUACUCCUAACGCCACGUUCCAAAGAGAGAUUUGGACGUUUCGCCCAACGCCACCACUGCCACCCUCCUCUCUCUCUCUGCCUCUCUCUACUGCCAUUGCCUGCCUUAAAAGCUCCUCCCCCUCUUUAUUCAUUUCCUUCACUCCCCCCACCAACCACCUCCUUCCUCCAUCCAGACUCCUCUGUUUCCUUGUUUCAAUUCCAUAUAUAUAACGGGAUUUCCCAGCGGAGAGACUGGAGGAAUAGUAUGCGGCGCAGAAUCCGAGAUCCGAUUUAGAAGGUUGCAUUCCUAUUUUAACUACCGUUUUGGUUGUCGCCUUUCCCUUCGAUUCGUCUCGUGGAAAGAAGAAGAAAAAGGAAACAGAGAAGAGAGCAGCAGGGGGAGGAAGCAGAGGAGUAAUGGCACGCCUCGCUCCUCUCUCUGAGGAGCCCAUCGGCGAGGAGCAGGAUUCCCGGAGCGCGGCCCGAAGAAUCCAGCAUUCCUUCCACAACUGGCUGAAGACCCACCUUCCCUUGGUCUCCAACAAAAAGAACGACCUCAAGAUCCUCCUCAGCGUCCUCGGAUGCCCUCUCUCCCCGCUCUCCGUCUCCCCCAAGAACCACCUCCCCCGCCAUGCGGUGGCAUCGUCGGCGCAAUACAUAAUCCAGCAGUUCCGGGCGACGACGGGGUGCGCGAAGCGGGGCAGGACGGCAAAGAGCAUGUACGCCUCCGGGCGUGUGUGGAUGGAGAUGGUCCACGAGCACGGCCUCGGCACUCCCGGCGCCGCCUCCAAGGGCCACCACCGCAAGGGCUGCUUCGUGGUCUGGCAGAUGGUCCCCGACAUGUGGCUCGUCGAGCUCGCCGUCUCCGGCCACCAGAUCUCCGCCGGAAGCGAUGGCAAGGUCGCCUGGCGCCGCACCCCUUGGCUCGGCGCCCACGCCGCCCGAGGCGGUGCUCGACCCCUCCGACGUGCAUUGCAGGGGUUAGACCCUGAAACGAUCGCGGCCGUCUUCUCGCCGGCGCAGCACGUCGGCGAGAAGCACAUCGGCGACGAAGAGUGCUUCGUGCUGGAGCUGAUGGUGGAGAAUUCGAUCCUGUCGAGCUGGAGCGACAGCACGGCGGACAUCAUCAAGCAUCGGAUGGUGGGGUUGUUCAGCCAGCGCAGCGGCCUGCUGGUGAGGCUGGAGGACUCGCAGCUGACGCGGAUCCAGUCGCCGGGCGCCGAGGCCAUCUACUGGGAGACCACCAUCUCGUCGAGCAUCGACGACUACCGCCGCGUCGACGACCUCGUCGUCGCCCACUCCGGCCGGUCCACAGUCAACCUCCUCCGCUUCGGCGUCGGGGUCAAGGACCAGCGCGUGCUGACGCGAAUGGAGGAGCGGUGGACCAUCGACGACGUCCUCUUCGACGUGCCGGGCCUCUCCGCCGACUGCUUCAUCCCGCCGGCGGAGGUGCAGAGGAGCUGCUGCUUCUACGACGACGUCAGGACUCGAAACGUAGUGAUCGAUUAAUCUAUCGAUCCGUCUCAGUGGAAAAUUAAGAGGUGUACGUAAUACUCCAUUAAUUUCCAUUCCAUGUACAAAUUAAGCAAGUCGGACAAUAAUUGAAAUCCACCCUAUCCAAGCAAUUCUGUCGCCUGCUCUUGUUUUUUUAUGUUCUUUUCUCACAUCAAUUGGCACUUGUCUCGUUGGAGACUAAGAUUGAAGGAAUCUUCCAAUCGACCACGGCUGUAAUAAUAUCUAUAGUGGAGUAU